AUGGUUCUUAACAGAGGUUCCAAUCUGAUGUCCAUAGGAUAUUUUCCAGAAUAUGGUGACCAGAUGUCACAGUUCCUUUGCAACAACUUGUUUACAUUCCAUACAGAGCUCAAGAAAAUCAUCAUCUCUCUUGUGAAACAAUUAUAUGGCAUCUUUCCGAAGGGCAGCAUGAUGCAUAAGCACUCAGUGCAGAAACAUGUUACUGAAGCAGCAUCUAAACUGAUCAAGUCCAGUGACUACCUUCAGCUUCCUGACUUGUCUGAGGGCAAGUACAAGAACUUCAUAUCACAGGUUCUUAAAGAUGCAUGCCAAGAUUUUUACUACAGCAAUGGCAAAAAAGCACUGAAGUUAACAGACAAAUUCCAACACUCAAUUCCUGUUAAUGGCAUCAUUCUCAUAACCACUGUUGCAAAAGGCAUUCUAACUGGGUUCUGUGAAACUGGUACAGAUAAAGUCCCAGAUUUUUCCACUGAUAAAUGCAGGUCCAAUUUCAACUCCCUGUGA